ACAAGGCGAUCCCGCCGGAGAGCAAGAAUGGGGGCAGCCCGGCGCUCAACAACAACCCGGCCAAGAGCAGCAGCAAGAAAGCCCUGCUCAUCUGCCUCGACUGCCUCUGCCUCGUCAUGGCCGGCUUGCCCUUCCUCAUCAUCGAGACAAGCACAAUCCAGCCCUACCAGAGGGGCUUCUACUGCGACGACGACAGCAUCAGGUACCCGCAGAAGAACGUGGAAACCAUCAACGACGCGGUGCUGUGUGCUGCAGGCAUCCUCAUCGCCAUCCUCGCGAUUAUAACGGGAGAGCUUUACCGCAUCCACUACCUGAAGGAGAAAUCCCGCUCCUUCAUCCAGAACCCCUAUGUGGCAGCUCUCUACAAGCAAGUGGGCUGCUUUGUUUUUGGCUGUGCCAUCAGCCAGUCCUUCACAGACAUUGCCAAAGUGUCCGUCGGGCGCUUGCGGCCGCAUUUCCUGGCGGUUUGUGACUUGGAUUUCUCCACCAUCAACUGCGCCAAGGGAGUUUACAUCCAGAACUACACCUGCAGGGGAAGCGACAGCAGGGUGCAGGAAGCCAGGAAAUCCUUCUUCUCUGGGCACGCGUCCUUCUCCCUGUACACCAUGCUGUACUUGGUGUUCUAUCUGCAGGCCAGAUUCACGUGGAAGGGAGCCCGCCUGCUGCGUCCCCUGCUCCAGUUCACCCUGAUCAUGAUGGCGUUUUACACCGGGCUGUCCCGCGUCUCCGACCACAAGCACCACCCCACCGACGUGCUGGCAGGCUUUGCACAGGGAGCCCUGGUGGCUUACUGCGUGGUGUUUUACGUCUCAGAUCUCUUCAAGCCCAAGACAAAGACUUGCCUGCCUCCACCUCCCAUCCGGAAGGAGAUCCUUUCACCUGUGGACAUCAUUGAGAGGAAUAAUCAUCACAACAUGGUGUAGAACUUCGAGGAACCAGAUGGGUGUUGCAUUUUAAACUUUUUUUUUUUUUUUUGCAAAAAAAAAAGUGACUGCUGACAGCAACUACCUGCUGCUCUCAAAUCUCAUCAGACAGUAGAAUGUAGGGAGAGACUUUCUUGCCCAACCAGUAAAGUCUUACUCUGUGGUCUUUUCAACUUGCGACAUUUGGAUGAAAGGGGUGGUGGUGGUCAACUAAGGCAAAGGCGACAAUGAGAAAGGAAAAAACAAAGCAACCCACACUACACAAAAAGCUGAACAAGCAAAGAGAGGUGCCGGAGUUCUGGAUGUGCAAUUGGUUUGAGUGUUCAUGUUGUAGUGAACGCCAAAUUGUUCCCAGCCCAGUGAACACUAAGGGAUUUUUGGAAAGCUGGCCAUCCUAGGUUUUUUUCUGACUAUGAAGAUUUCCAAUGCCUGCGAGAAAAAAAACCAACUCACGACUAAAUUGUAUAGCACUAUGUAUGAGCAACAGCACUGAGUCAAGAUCUGGGAUUGGUUUGUAAAGAGUUGCAUUUUUCUCUUCUUGAUCCUAGUUUAUUUUUGCCUCCUCUCUUCCAUACUGUGACUUAAUUUAGAAGAAGCUUGCCCAGUCCAAGGUCUCCGAAGGGUCUCUGUUCUCUCUGCUCACACUACACUCCUUUAACGAGCGGCCCGAGGCGCACAGCGAGGCCGGAGAGCUCCUUCCUCCGCACAGAGAAGCCACACUUCUUCCUCCCCGCUCGCUCCCUGGCGAGGGCUCAUCCCACCCGAGCCCCUCUAGAUGAAAAGAGCAUCCUCUACUUCCCAGCCAUCCCCUUUCCCCCGAAGGAAAACCCCAGCAGGUUUCGUGCGCGCCCGCCCGCGGGAGCUGGCGGUUUGCGCCAGGGCAGCGGAGGCUCUGCCGAAGACUCGUUCGCACUACGACCCCGGGGCUGAGUCCCGGGGAAACUUUUAUUCUGCAGUUUUGGGACGGGCUGCUGGGCGGCACGUCCCGGCCUGGGUGUCAGUCAGUUUGUGCAUCCCCUCCUCUCCUCCUCCUCCUCCUCCUCCUCCUGCUGCUCCCUGGGGCACCCCGGGGUGCGCCACGGCAGUACCAGGUCCUGUGCUCCGCUGGGUCACUCCGGUGGGAAAUCAGCUGUGCCUCUCUCGGGUGUGAUGAUGACAUUUUUUUUUUGCCCAGAAGCCACAGGUGCUUGGUUUGCAGCCCUUCCACAAAGCGCAUUUGCAAAGGGAUCCCGCAGAACACGCAGAACGGCCAUUUGCACAUCCUUCUCACAGAAUCCGUCCUAUCAUUUCAACUUAUAGCAAGCUAUGAUUUUUUUUAUAUUAUAAAUAUUAUAUAAAUAAUGUAUAAAACCUUAAAAAUUAACUAUGUAAAAUAUUAUUUCUGAAACAAUUUUAGAUAUAUCCACUAUGACUAUAAACUGUGUCCUGACCUGUGUUAUUUACAUUUUGCUGCUUAAAAAAGCAUUGAAUUAAUUUUUUUAUAGUCGACUAAAAUAUUGUAGUUCUGUGGUAGUAAUAUUUUAAUGAAAAUAACUACAAUUAGAGACAUUUGUAUAAAAAAAACAUAUUAAAUUGUCUGUAUUUUUGUAAUGUUCCAUUUUGUAAAGAGAAGAAUAUUCAAAGACUUUUGUAGAAUACAAAAUUGAAGUUUGUAUCUGCGAAAUUAUUGCUGUAUAAAUGUGCUUUUUAAAUAAAAGCUCAUAACACAACUAAA